GUUUGAUGUCAGGUAAACGGCAAUGUAACGUUAGAGAGUAGUUAUCUCUCGUCGUACGGAUUAUUACUCUAGCGCGAAGCCACUAUAAAGUCGCCGUCUCAUGAAAACGGUCCGCAAAGUUGGUGAAAUUACUCGAUACGGGCAACAAUGAAAGCUCUGGAAUAAAGCGCGGGUCAUCAGAAAGAAGACAAACAGGAGACCAGGAAGGAAACAGGAAAUAAUUCUGAGUGGCCAUGGCCUACUCCAGCUACAGCAACCUGAGCAGGGCUCAGCUUACCUUUGAGUACCUACAUACAAAUUCGACAACCCAUGAGUUCUUAUUUGGAGCCUUGGCAGAGCUUGUUGACAAUUCAAGAGAUGCUAAUGCCACACGAAUAGACAUCUACACAGAAAAAAGGCCAGAGCUGCGAGGCGGCUACAUGCUCUGUUUUCUGGAUGAUGGUAUUGGAAUGGACCCUAAUGAAGCAACGCAUGUGAUUCAGUUUGGAAAAUCAAACAAACGGUCACCUGAGUCCACACAGAUUGGCCAGUAUGGAAACGGACUGAAAUCUGGCUCUAUGCGAAUCGGCAAAGACUUCAUCUUGUUCACAAAAAAGGCCAACACGCUGACUUGCCUUUUCCUGUCAAGGACUUUCCAUGAAGAAGAGGGACUGGAUGAGGUGAUAGUGCCCCUUCCCUCCUGGGACCUGAAGACCAAGGAGCCGCUGACCUCUGAUCCUGAGAAGUAUGCCAUUGAGACUGAGCUGAUCUUCAAAUACUCACCUUUUAAAAAUGAACAUCAGCUGAUGGAGCAGUUCAACAAAAUAGAAAGCAGCAGUGGUACCCUUGUCAUCAUCUAUAAUCUGAAGCUUAUGGACAACAGAGAACCAGAGCUGGAUGUAGAGACAGAUCACCAAGACAUACUGAUGGCCGGAACACCUGCUGAAGGAGUGAAGCCAGAGAGGCGGUCGUUCAGGGCGUACGCUGCUGUUCUGUACAUCGACCCACGCAUGAGGAUCUUUAUCCAGGGACACAAAGUCAGGACUAAAAGACUGUCUUGCUGUCUUUAUAAACCAAGGGUUUACAAAUACUCAUCGACUCGUUUUAAAACUCGUGCUGAGCAGGAAGUCAAGAAAGCAGAUCACCUCGCUAAGAUUGCGGAGGAGAAAGCCAGAGAGGCGGAGAGCAAGCGCAUGGCUUUAGAGGCCAGAUUAGGAGAGGAUCUGUCAAAAGAUUCACGGGCAAUUCUGAGAAAGGUUCAGGAUUCAGCCAUGAUGCUUCGACGGGAUGCUGACAUGAAGAAAAGGAUCCUCGAAGCCAAACAAAAAGCAUUAAAGGAGCCCAAGGAGCUGAACUUUAUAUUUGGAGUAAACAUCGAGCAGAGGGACCUGGAUGGGAUGUUUGUGUACAACUGCUCUCGUCUCAUCAAAAUGUACGAGAAGACAGGGCCACAGCUGGAGGGAGGAAUGGCCUGUGGAGGUGUCGUUGGAGUAGUGGACGUCCCAUAUUUAGUUCUAGAGCCUACUCACAACAAACAAGAUUUUGCAGAUGCCAAGGAGUAUCGGCAUUUACUGAAAUCCAUGGGGGAACAUUUAGCUCAGUACUGGAAGGACAGUAACAUUGCCCAGAAAGGCAUAGUGAAGUUCUGGGAUGAGUUUGGAUAUCUGUCUGCCAGCUGGUCUGCACCUCCAUCAUCAGAGUCAAGAUACAAGAGACGCCGGGCCAUGGAGAUACCCCUUACUAUUCAGUGUGAUAAAUGUUUAAAGUGGAGAACGCUGCCAUUCCAGAUGGAUGCUGUGGACAAGCGCUACCCAGACAGUUGGGUGUGUCUCAUGAAUCCUGACAGCACUCAAGACAGGUGUGAUGCACCUGAACAAAAGCAGAAUUUGCCCUGUGGUGUUCUGAAAAAAGACAAGCUGACAGCUGAAGACAAACAGAAAGAGCUGGCAGAGAAAAUCAAACAGCAGCAGGAGAAACUAGAAGCCUUGCAGAAAACCAGCACCAUCAAAUCUGCAGCAGAUGUCAAGAAGCUACCACUGGAGGUCAGCAUGAAACCAACAGAGAGCUCAUCUCAGGCAACUAGAUCUUCUGAGAGGUCCGCAACACGGCCCCGCUCUCCACCACUCCCAGCUCACCUCAAAAAUGCCCCAAGUGCCCCUCCAUCUCGUGCUGCUUCUCAGCGGCCCACCCGGACACCUGCCGCCUCACCGCCACCCAGAGUUGAACCAUCUAGGUCUAGAGCUGCAGCUAAGCCUCCUCCACCUUCAGGAAAGCCCUCACCCAAAGCUACUGCCAAAACACCCCCACCCAGCCGCAGCUCACGGACAUCUGCCAAAACAUCACCUGCCAAAGCAGCAGCUGCUGGACAGCGCAAGAGAAUUAUAGUGCAGGAGGACAGUGAGGAAGAGGAGGAGGAGGAGGAAGAGGAAGAAGAGGAGGAAGAGGAGGAGGACGACAGUGAAGAGGAGAGUGAAGAGGAAAAACCACAGACAAAGAAAUCUAAGAUGGCUGCAGCAGCUGGGAAAGCAGGAGAGAAGGCCCCACCUCUCAAACGGGGCAAGUUGGACGAGGUUAAAACAUACUCCCAGGCUGAGAAGAAAGGGGUGUCUACUCCUACACGGCAGACACCAACCACACCAGCCUCUGUCCCUAAAUCCAUAUCCGCACAGCAGCAUGGGGCUAAAGCCAAGGCACCUGAGAAGGCUCCACAGCAGGAACCAGAGAACGACACUAAAAAUGCUCAGAAAGAUAAAGGUCUUCUGGUUGAAGUGCGUGUCAAUAAGGAGUGGUACACAGGUAAAGUCAUUGCUGUGGAGGCAAAUAAACAGAGUGUUCGCUGGAAAGUCAAGUUCGACUAUGUACCUCGAGCCACACCUAAAGACCGAUGGGUGUUUAAGGGUAGCGAUGAAGUUCGGUUGAUGCGGCCACCAUCUCCAAUCUCUCAGACACCUGACACCCAACAGGAGACCGAGAAAGGGCCGGCACCCAUGGAGCCGGACACUACUCAGCCAGGAACCAGUCGAGAGGUGACCGACAGCCUGGUCACCAUGUUGAGGACUAUGCUGCGCUACUUCUUCCCUCCUGCUUUUCGGAUUCCAAAAGACGAUGUUAACAGCAUGACGGCUGAGGAGCUGGUGGCCUUUCCUUUGAAAGAAUAUUUUCAACAGUAUGAGUCUGGUCUCCAGUCAUUGUGUAACUCAUACCAGAGCAGAGCUGAUGCCAGAGCCAAAGCUGUGGAAGAGAAGAGCAACAGCACUGAGGUCAAACUGAGGGAGGCAGAUGAGAAAUUACAGAAACUACGAACAAAUAUUGUAGCACUUCUGCAGAAGGUGCAGGAGGACAUUGAUAUAAACACAGAUGACGAGCUUGACGCCUACAUAGAGGACCUCCUUACCAAGGGUGAUUAAAGAAGACAGAGAAGAGAAAUAUAAAAGAGGAAAUGCACAUAAACGGACUGGCAGUUUUCAUUCCAGCCUUUACUUGCUGACAGCUCCCCCAGGACUCAUGCUGAGUUGGCUGUGAAUAUUUAGGGAUGUUUUCAUUGUUGAUCCCUCCACAUGUUAAGUCAGAUUGUCCUAAGUUUGAUCUUUGAUUUUGAUUGUUCAGCAUUUCAGCAGCACCAGCAUGCUCUUUGAGUUUGGGCAGGUUCUCCUGUGUUUCUCCACUGUUGGUUAGCCCCCUGGCCUGUGGUUUUCUUUUUAGUCCUUUUUAUAUACUUGCUUAUAUAUGUUAAGCUGUGUUUAAGCCAUCCUAUCCUGAUCUACUUUGAAAUUAUUUGUGUAGGUUUAACAGACUUAAUGCUCCCUUUAGAUAGUCAGCUAAUACUGUGACAAACUGCAGACUACAUUUGUUCCUUGUUUUGAUCCAUCGUCACAGAAGAAUUGGAAGUGAAUCAAGACUUGGGUUUGGCUUUACUUAAACAUUAACUUUUAUUUUUGUACACUAAAAACACGUCAGUGUUGCCUAUUACCUUCCUUCAUCCUGGUCUGCCUAUCAAGCAAACCAGGUAAAUCUUUUACGGUUGGGUGAUAUACCACACCCACAAAUAAGAACUACUUACUGGGUUUUAUCAGUAUGAGUAUUCCCUGAAAUCCCUCCUGCAUUUAAGCUAUGACUGUUCGGUGUUUAUUUUUGGAAAAAAGAGAAAAAAAAAAUCUCAGUUUAAUGCAAAAGUUGUGUGUUCAUAAUUAUUCAGUGCCUGUGUCCUUCCUUUUGAACAGAUUUUUAACAUGUCAUGGAAAUGUUUUAUUAUUAAACGGUGCAUGCUUUCAGUCUUUUUGUUCUGAUUGGAACAAGGAUUCUGUAUUUUUGACAAAUCUUUACUUAGAACAAUAAAACUGGUUCAGCAACA